AGGAAGGGUCAGUUCUGCGUCUUCCCUAUUCUGGCCUUUAAGCCCCGGGCCAGCAGGAGCCUGUUUGUUUGAUCGGGACCUGUUGGGCCAGGCUCAGCUGUGCAGGUGGACGGACCCAGAUGGGAACCAUAACCCCCUAGAAGCACCUCACCCCUGGCCCUCCCACCUCGCUAUAGUCCAGCAGCCAGCCUGGCCACCCUGGCGUGCUCUUUUGAGUCCCUCUUCCAGCGCUUCCUUCAGAAUGGGAACGGGAGCAAGUUAGUUGUCUCCUUUGUUCUUUUUAAAACACGCAGCUGACGUCACAUGCAGAAAUCACGCAGUCUCGAUUCCUUGGCAUCUGUACCCUGUGGAAAUCAAGAGAUAACUUCUUAAAAGACAUCCAUCCAGGCGUGGUGGUGUACACUUUUAAUCCCAGUUCUUGGAAAGCAGAGGCAGGCAGGUCUCUGAGUUCAAGGCCAGCGUGGGCCCAGGAAAGCCAGGGCUAAAUAGAGAAACACUAUCUCAAGGAAAACCCUACCAAGGAAACAAGGAAGGCGUAAAAGGACUUGGCUGUGGAUCUCAUAGUUCAAAGAAAUGAAGGUCUGAACAAGUGUCAGAAUCCAACUCACUUCAGGAAGAGUUCAAGCUUACAGCUUUCUUUCAGCUGUCCAAGGAAGGAGCCUCUCGCAAAAGCCCAGCUUCAUAUGCUCAGUCUUCAUAAACUUUGUUGCUAGGUUGGACUUUUUAACCCAGCUUGUGCUGGCAGAACGCUGAGGUUUUCCCUGUUUGUGUCUUCGGUGAGAGGAACAAUGCUGUCAGCAUGUCUUCACAGUCCAUGCUCUCUGAAAGAAUUGCCAUAGCCAAGGAACUGAUCAAGAGAGCAGAAUCCCUUUCGAGAUCAAGAAAAGGUGGCAUAGAAGGGGGCGCAAAGCUGUGCAGCAAACUGAAGGCCGAGCUGAAAUUCUUACAGAAAAUAGAGGCUGGGAAGGUAGCUAUUAAAGAAUCCCACUUACAGAGCACAAACCUAACACACUUGAAAGCCAUCGUGGACUCGGCAGAAAACCUGGAAGAAGUUGUCAGCGUUCUCCGUGUGUUCGGCUACACAGACACCUUGGGAGAGAAGCAGACUCUGGUGGUGGAUGUCGUAGCGAACGGCGGUCACACGUGGGUCAAAGCUAUUGGCCGGAAGGCCGAAGCGCUGCAUAACAUCUGGCUGGGCAGGGGCCAGUAUGGCGACAAAAGCAUCAUUGAGCAGGCCGAAGACUUCCUGCAGGCCAGCCGCCAGCAGCCGGUGCAGUAUAGCAACCCUCACAUCGUGUUUGCAUUUUACAAUAGUGUCUCUAGUCCCAUGGCAGAGAAGCUGAGAGAGAUGGGCAUCUCUGUCAGAGGGGACAUCGUCGCAGUCAACUCUCUGCUAAGCCACCCUGAAGAGCAGCAGCCGAGCGAGAGCGAGCCCGACGAUGAGGACGAAGAACUUCUGCAGGUGACCAGAGUGGACCGAGACAACGUCCUGGCGCACGUUGCAUUUCCCACGGAGAUCAAGGUGGACGUGUGCAGAAGAGUCAACCUGGACAUCACUACUUUAAUCACGUAUGUAUCUGCCAUGAGCUAUGGAGGCUGCCACUUCGUCUUCAAAGAGAAAGUACUCACAGAGCAAGCCGAGCAGGAGAGGAAGGAGCAGGUCUUGCCUCAGCUGGAAGCGUUUAUGAAGGACAAGGAGCUGUUUGCCUGUGAAUCUGCUGUCAAGGAUUUUCAGUCUAUUCUAGACACCUUAGGGGGCCCAGGAGAGAGAGAGAGGGCCGCUAUGCUAAUAAAGCGAGUCACCGUGGUCCCAGACCAGCCUUCUGAGCGCGCCUUGAGACUCGUGGCAAGCUCAAAAAUUAACAGCCGCUCGUUAACGAUUUUUGGGACAGGAGACACCCUGAAAGCCAUCACUAUGACCGCCAAUAGCGGCUUUGUCAGAGCCGCCAACAACCAGGGUGUCAAGUUCAGUGUCUUCAUCCAUCAGCCCAGAGCACUUACCGAGAGCAAAGAGGCCUUCGCCGUGCCCGUACCGAAAGACUUCCGCAGUGACAGUGCACGCUAGUGGUUCCUUUACAUGUUGUCGUGGAAAUACAUUAUUUAUACCAAAGGCUGGCCUUCCCGUCUAUAUGGAGAGAACAAAGUUUAUAGUAAAAAUAAUAUUUAGUGCUCACAUGUUUAAGUAUAAGUUUCUUGUGUUUUGUCUGUUUAAGGUCUAUGAAUUAGAAAAAAACUCAAGAGACAAUCGUACUUAUCUCUGCGUUCCAUCACAAGCUCCGUUAUAGCCGGGAAGAACAGACACGCGGCUGCGUAGGCUUUUAGCGAUCUUGUGAUGCUUUUGUUUGCCUCCGCCUCCGCCUCCACCACAGGUGAUUGCAUUUCAUGGAAUACGGCUACAUUGAUUCUUGAAUUCAUUAAAUAAUCUGGAGAAAACUCCGA